CGCUUCUCCGUGCUGUGGCUCACGCUCGGGUGCUAGAGGCCGAGACUGUUUCGGCAGCGACGACCUCCGCGGCGACGGCUGAGGCUCUCGGAAGAGCGGCGGAGUAGGGUCUGAAGGAGGGACUUCUGGUCAGCCCAGGCAGCUGGAAGGUGAACACCAGAGCAGCAGAAUCCACUCUUUACAAGGUUGGGAACCUUAAUCGGUUUUGUUCAAGGUUCUACCAUAAUGAAUGGAUCCAGUGUGGCAAAUACAUCACCCAGUGUAAAAGCCAAAGAGGACCAGGGGUUAAAUGGGCACGAUGAGAAGGAAAACCCAUUUGCAGAGUACAUGUGGAUGGAGAAUGAAGAGGAUUUCAACAGACAGGUUGAGGAGGAGCUGCAGGAGCAGGACUUUUUGGACCGGUGCUUUCAAGAGAUGCUGGAUGAAGAAGACCAAGACUGGUUUAUUCCAUCACGAGACCUGCCUCAGGCCAUGGGACAGUUGCAACAACAGUUAAAUGGGCUGUCUGUCAGCGAUGGCCAUGAUUCUGAAGAUAUUUUGAGCAAAAGUAACCUGAACCCGGAUGCCAAGGAAUUUAUUCCAGGAGUGAAGUAUUGAGCUGGCAGAAAAACUUUGAGGAGGACUUCUAUGUCCCCACAUCUGGGGACAUCACUGCACAAAAAUGCAGAGCUGAAGGGGGUGGGGUGGGCUAGGGAUGCACAGUGGGGAAGGGGAAUAGUGGUUUAACUUGACACUGUGACUGGAGUAGCUAACGUGCUCAGUCUUACUCUACAAGCCUCUGAGUAUUUCUCUUUUGUUCUACUGACUUUCAUUUUGAUCAGUUUCCUAUUAUUAUUAUUAGGUUUUGGCUUUUUGAGUUAAAGAAAUUGCAAUCUUCUUUUUUUCCCUUUCAUCAGGAACCUUCUGCUAUGUGUGUUUAAACAAAAUAAGCUGACCAAGAAAAUCUGGGUGUUUAUGAAUGCCCUUUCACACCCUGCUGUAUACUUGCAAGGGCAGUGAACACCUACAAAACUACUAUCGAGUCUGUUAAGCUGGAUGGGAAGAGGGACGAGUGGAAGAAGUAGGUGUUUUAAACCAGACUACGCAAUUUAGCUCUCCUGACCCCUGGGGGCUUUUUGCAAUGAACUGGGAUUAUCCUUGGCCUGCUGAGCCCAUGUCUUCCUGCCUUGAACCCCAUUCAAGAAAACACAGACUUAAAGUACUGGUUUAUGGUAACUCUUGAUGAUUGAUGAAAGUUGUAAAUUAUAAGGGGAAAACUGUGAUGAUUAUUGUCACUUGAAUCAUACGGUUACUGUUGGCCUACUCUUAAGCCUCUGUUUACAGCUACCAUCAAACUCAUCAUUUACAAGGUACAAAAGCACUAAGGUAGAUUUGCCUCUUUGUCUCUGAUGGUGUCUAGUCCCCUAUCCCUUUCCAUCCCCACCCUACUCUGAUUUUAAGAAAAGAUACUGUUACCAAAGGUGUGUGAAAGGCAUGCUGUGCUGGCCAUCAGCUUCAGCCUGGAGAAGUCAUCCUUGAAUCCUGUUAGUGUGUCCCAAAUUUAUUUUUGACAAGUUUUUUUUCCAGCCUCAUGAAGACUUUGUUCUUUUGGUAUCUUACUUCCCUUGGAAAGGUUUAUGCACCUUUACAAGUAAAUAUAUUUUUUUAGAACACUAGCAAGAAGCUCAGUUCACAAUUUUGAUGCUUCUCCCACUUUAUAGAAUUAUGCAAAAGAACUACAAAAAAAAAAAAGCCUAGUGGAGUGAGUCCAACUUGACCUAGGUGACUGUGCUCCCCACCAGGAUAAUUUCAGCAGCUAUAAAGUUUUGCUCUUCCAACAUGCCCAGCUUUGGGAGAUUGUGAGUUUUCUAGGUUGGGCUCUUUGGGUACAUUCCUUUUGUCUUCCCUGCCUGUAAGUCACAGUGGUUUUUUGUUGAUACUCAUAAGGAACUAAACUGGGCACCAGGUGCUGCCUCUGUGAUAGAGAUAUAGGUGCAGUCAGGUCUAAAAGAGUGUCUCAAUUCCUGACCAUUCUCCCAGGAUGAGGACUUGCAGAGGCCUGAGGACAGUGGCUUCUGUGUGACUGCUGCUGUGUUGUGUGAUAGGUAUAUCAGGGCGAGAUCUUGUAACUUGAAAUAAAGUCUGUAAAUUCAGUAUGUGGAUGUGGGAGAGCGGUUGGAAGGAAAGGACUAGGGUCUGGAGAGCUUAAGAACUACUUUUUCUUAUGAGUUCCAUGUUGACUUUUUGAACAGCCACAGCCUAUGGUCAGAUUUAAAAUAGUAACCGACAGCUUUUUCUUAUAUGAGUCUAUUGGACGGCAUUAUUUGAACUGGCCUUCCUUGUUAGUUCACAUGUCAUAGGAGAGUAUCUUAGGGAGCUUGUAUUGCCAGAUGUGUACAUUGAUUCCCAAGCCUUUACCUUGAGAGAAUGGAACUCUGACUUGUUUUUAGGGAGGUGUAUAAGCAAAGAAAAUUCUUUAUUCCAGCUUCAGCUUUCAGCUGCAGUUGUUGCCUAAAUAAGGAGAGGGCCUUGGAAGUACAGAAAUAGAAGUAUCUCUUUCUUCUGGGGCUGCUUUUCUUUCUUUGGUCUCCAGUAGCUUGCACAAGCUCAGACUUAUAAAAGCUGUUGGAAAUGUGUUGCACUUGCAGAAAGAGCCAUUUUCUAGACCGUGGGUAUCACCGUCACAAAGAGUACAAUGGAUUCCUGUGUGGCUCCAGUCUGGAAAGUGCUACAGGGAUCCAGAUCUAGCCAUUUCUUCAUCCUGAAGACUUGCUCUUCUGACACAGGGCAGGCUCCGAUUCUAGGUGCAGUCUAAAGGGCUUGUCCUUCUGUCUGGUUUGGGGUUCCAUCUUGGAUGUCAAUUUCAGUGUGGUUUCACAAGGCAUAUUUAGUCAGGACUAAGAAAUGUUCCUGCCAAAUGAGCAGUGAACCUGAGGGCUGGACUUUCCAGUCCUAUUCGGACAGAGUGUGCUGAUUCCAGGAUGAGAAAGCAGCUAGCAGUGUGAUCCCCUUUUUAAAUGUUUAGGCUGAUGCUUCCAAUGGCUCCUCUUACAGCCCAAAUUUUCUCAAUCCAUUUUGUUGUGAGGUGGGAGCACAGCUGUUACCCAGAUCACAGGCUCAGCUAUUUUAGAGUUUGCCAACUUCUUAGCAGAAAAUGCUUUUGGGUCUCAUUGGACCUUGACUGGGAAAGGCUGGGAGCCUCUGUCUGUCUCUUAGGAGAGGAUCUGGGUGCAAGCCAAGCUGGACACCUUUAUCCUUUAAAGGCGAGGCUGUUAUUUUAAAGUGACCACUUUGAUGUUGAAUUUAAGUUACUAUUUUGUUGAAACUUUUUUUAUUGGCAACUGGAAGUUGGAGAAUUUGUAUAGAAAAAAACAUGUAUUUUUAACAGUUGCCAAUGCCUGCUGGUCUCAGUGUUCGUUUAUUAGUGAUUGAUUUCUGAUUUUUGUGGUUAUUGAACUCUAAAACUCCAAGACGAAAAUUAUUUUAUCUCUUGCUUUUCAAGGAGAAAAACAUGAAACAAAGGAAAUGCCCUUUCAGUUUCUUCGGGCCUUAGAACUAAACAGAAAACUUGAUGGUCGCAGCUUAGGCCUAAGCACCUGUAACUUCGGGUCUUCGGGCCAGUUUCUGACUGUAGCAGUUGACUUUGGUGGCCAUAUAAGGCCAAACUGAAAAAGAUCAUAAAUAAAAGGCUGGACCUUUGUAGCACUUCAGUUUCCAAAAUCAAAAUAACUGGGAUCUUUUAAAUUAAGGUUCUGAUGCUAACUCUAUGGCUUAAAACUGUUUUUAGUGAAAUACUAAGCAGUUUUCCAAUUGUGUAUUGCUACAAUGUCAAAGUUUUGUCUUGAUUUUGGAGAGGCUGAGAAGUAAGGUCAGUUGGAUACUCUGGCAGUUAUAUAUCAGAGAGGAAAAUCUUUUGAAGUAGUCAAAGGAAACAGCUUAACUGAAUCUUCUUACAUUAGUGCUGCUGCGAACACCACAUAGAAACAUUAGGAGCCCAGGAAUCUACCUACUGUGAUUGGAAGGGGCAAGUGUUCUUCAAUAAGGGUCCUAGCAGCACAGGUUAUUAAUGUUUCUUGGUUUAGGUGAUGUUGAGGUAUGGGAACAGGCAGAAGAGACCUACAUUUAACUAAGAUUUGGAGAUACCCACCUAUUGGGAAAGACUAUAUAUCCCUCUCCUUGGGGAUAUUGCAAACCUUAUUAGUUUAGGAGGUGGGUGGGGAAAACAGGAGGGUUGACCCAGAUCUGGUGUGCAUUGGGAACCCUCAUCUCCUCCUACCUCUGCUUGCGGUUCCCAAGUGAAUAAUUGCUCCUUCAUUGCCCACAGUAUCCUUCAUUCUUCUGGUCCCACUGCCCUUUGUAGUUCACAGAGUACUUUCUGCAGCCACUGCUCUGCUGUCAUGUGAAUUUCAUCCACAGACUUGGUUAGUCACAACUUUGAAAGAUUUUCCCCCAUUGUUUUUAAUCUUCUGUCUUUAUUUCUCCCAUUUUGCAGCUGUAAUUGUUGGCAAGGGACAGGGCAGUAGGAGGGUGACUGAAGGCAACACUCAAAUUUUGUGCUUGCUACUUGACUUUCUGCCCACCCCGGUACUGCUGCCCCCAUCAGUCUAGUUUUUAUGGGAGUCAUAGGAAUCGGACAGCUUAGUACACUGAACUCCACAAGGUGUCAGCCAAGAGUCACCACCCCACCCCAGGGGAUAGAAAUCUGUAAAGGGACAGAGGCACCAUUAUUGUUCCAAAAGAAAAUGCCCCUUAGAUUUUGUUACUAGGAGUCUCAUUUUUGAGACUACCUUCUACUGGCUACCUUUGAUUUUAUAAUAGUGAAGAAACAUUCUAGGCAAUUUACUAUAAAAUGGUACAAUGUUUUCACUCUGUAACUCAAUACUAAGUGAUAAUCUGCCCUCUUGAUUGUGAACCUCAGGAAUGUUUAGUGCUGGAUGGGUGGUUUGGAAGGCAGGGUCUUUUUUUUUUUUUUGAACAACUUUAUUGAGGCAUAUUUUACCUAUCAUAAAAUUCACCCAUUUCAAGUGUUAAAUUCAGUUAUUUUAGUAACUUUCCUGAGUGCCGCUGCCAUAACCGUUUUAGAACAUUUUUACCCACCCCAGUAAGAUCCUUCAUUUAUAGCACAGUCACCCCUGUUCCCAGCUCUAAGUGACACUGAUCUUUGUCUCUAUAAAUUUGCCUUUUCUGAACGUUAUAUCAAUGGAAUCAUACAAAAUCUGGUCUCUUGCCUCUGGCUUUUUUCACUUAGCAUAUUGUACGAUUUGUCCAUGAUGUUUAACUUGUGUUGGUAGUUCGUUCCUUUUUAUUGCUGCAUAGUAUUCCAUUGAUGGAUAUACCACAUUUUGUCAGCAAGGAAUCUUUUAAACUUGGACUUUAAUCUCCUGUGGUCUAAAGGAACCCUCAGAACAUAGGACUCUAGGGGAAGGUGCUCUGCAUAUCAAAGGAAAUGCUUAUCAGAACCAGCUUUGUCAUCAGAAGCUCCGCAUUAAGAGCCUGAACUGCUGCAGAAAUUUUUGUAAUUUUGCAACUUUUUUUUAUAAGGAACUACCUGCUCUCUACAGGAAUAGCAUCUGAUAUUAAUUUAUUCUAACAUAUGAGCAUGUAUUUGAGUGGACAAGAAAGUGAACCAUCAAUAAUACUGUAUUGGAAAUUUUUUUCCUCCUGAACUGGAUGGUGGAGUCUCUGAACUUUAUAAAUACAGUAUCUCCCACACAAAGUGGGACCUUUAUUAAAGAUCAUGCUGCCUUCGUUGGACAGAUUUUGGGCGAAGGAGGACCGCCAGCAGAGGAAGUGCAUAGAAGGGGAGCGCAGCUUGUGGAGCAAGAAGCCCCCAGAGGUCUGGGCACGCCCGCCUUUCUGCUGGUGUGGAUGGUGAAGUGCUGAUGGUGUCCAGAGGCAGCGUAGCACCUCCAGCUGGCCUGGGUCUUGACUUGUGGACCUUUAUCCCUGUUUCACAAGUGUUUAAAAGCUGUUUUUAUUGCUUUUUCCCCCUAAAUAAACAUUACAUGGUAGCUAUUAAUACUACUUUGGGGGAGGGGCAGGGUUUUAAAAUUGAAAAUAAUUUUCAUAAAAAUGUCAAAAAUAGAAAAAAAAAGUUAUGUUUUAAGAAAUUUGCUAUACAAACCAAAUGGCAGCUGUUGAAAAUCUUAAUAAAAUGAGAAUAAAAUGUG